CCUUCUCUUCCCCCCCCCACCCCGUUUCCCGUCGACUCGGCUUCCGUCUUCUCUCUCUCUCGCCCUCUGUCCGCCGACCAUCCGCCGUCGAUCCCAAAAGCACUAACCCUAACCCCCACCUUCGUCCGCCAUGGACGUCGCUCACCUCCUCGGGCCCUGCGUCUCCUCUCCCUUUCUCUCCCCUUCCCCUCGCCCUUUCUCCGGCCUGCCCGGCCUCAGGAUCCAGAGGCGACGCGCCCCAUUCCGAACCACCCGUCGCUUGAACCAGUGCCUCGCCUGCGGCGCUGACACCCUGGUCGCCGGAUCGGAGGGGAGCUCGCAGGCCCUCCGCUGCGAGAAGGCGGCGGAGGCUGGGGACCUCAAGUCUUGGCUGCACCGUCACGGAUUGCCGCCUUGCAAGGUCGUUCUGAAGGAGAGGCAUUCGCACGACGGGAAGCAUCGUCCGAUUCAUUAUGUCGCUGCUAGUGAGAAUCUGCAGGCGGGGGAUGUUGCUUAUCUGGUGCCAAACUCAUUGGUCGUGACGCUGGAUAGAGUGUUAGGAAACGAAACGAUCGCCGAACUGUUGACCACAAACAAACUGUCAGAAUUAGCCUGCUUGGCACUCUAUCUAAUGUAUGAGAAAAAGCAAGGAAAGAAGUCCUUCUGGUAUCCAUUCAUCAGGGAGCUCGAUCGCCAACGAGGAAGAGGCCAGGUAGCCGUGGAAUCACCACUUCUCUGGUCUGAAUCCGAAUUGGCUUACUUAGAUGGCAGUCAUACAAGGGCUGAAGUUCUGGAAAGGGAAGAAGGAAUAAAGCGAGAGUACAAUGAGCUGGACACAGUUUGGUUCAUGGCUGGCUCACUUUUUAAGCAAUACCCAUUUGACAUACCCACAGAGGCUUUUCCAUAUGAGAUUUUUAAGCAAGCAUUUGUUGCGGUUCAGUCAUGUGUGGUUCAUUUACAGAAUGUAAGUUUGGCCAGAAGAUUUGCAUUAGUUCCUCUGGGGCCUCCAUUAUUGGCUUACAAAAGCAAUUGCAAAGCAAUGUUAACUGCAGUUGAUGAUGCUGUUCAGUUGGUCGUUGAUCGUCCAUAUAAAGCUGGGGAACCAAUUGUUGUGUGGUGUGGACCACAACCAAAUUCUCGGUUGCUUCUUAACUAUGGUUUUGUUGAUGAAGAUAAUCCCUAUGAUCGGAUAGUGAUUGAGGCAUCUCUAAAUACAGAAGAUCCUCAAUACCAAGAAAAGAGAAUGGUAGCUCAAAGAAACGGGAAGUUGGCUGUCCAAGUUUUUCAUGUCUAUGUGGGUAGAGAAAAAGAAGCCAUAUCAGAAAUGCUACCAUACCUCCGAUUAGGGUACAUUUCAGAUACAGCAGAGAUGAAUUCUGUCAUUUCUUCUCAAGGCCCUACAUGUCCUUUGAGCCCAUGCAUGGAGCAAGCAGUCCUUGACCAACUUGCAGCUUACUUCGAGGCUCGGUUGGCAGCAUACCCUACAACCUUGAGUGAGGAUGAAGCUAUGUUGGCAGAUCGCAAUUUGAACCCAAAAAAGCAGGUUGCAGUUCAGCUAGUAAAGUUAGAGAAGAAAAUCCUUCAUGCUUGUCUGCGUGCGAUCUUUGAUUUCACAGACCAGCUACCAGAUAACACAAUAUCUCCCUGUCCAGCUCCUUUUGCACCUCAUUUAAAAUUUUAGCAACUAUCCUGUCAUAAAUAGGAUAAAAAUAAGCCAAGCAUAUGAAGAGCAGAAGGUCAGCUUUGGCUAGUUGGAUUGCGGUUCCCAAGUGAUCGAAGACAAGAUAGUGUUUGUAUUCUUGUACAAAAUCUAAGCUGUGGUUUGUCUUCCAUGGCCCACCCACAUGCCAUGGAUAUGUUUGGAUAUUGGUGAAUCUGGGGCUAUUUGAAGUCUAGGAGAUUGAGCCACUAUGGAAUGUUGCAGUCUUCAUUCUCUCGAGACGCAUCUUUUGCUGGUACGCUUCUUAUGCCUGCUGCAAAACCUGUGUAAUCUUUGUACAUACUCUAUGGAUAAGUAGAGAAGCCUUUCAUUCUUUUCCUUUGGAAA